AAAUAAAAUAUUUUUUUAAUAUUUUUAAUAUAAAUCUUCAAAACAAAUUUUGUUAAAAUUAUAACUUUCAACUAAUUUAAAAUUUUAUAAAUAAACAUAAUAUUUUUAUUAAUCAUAUUAUAUUGAUAAUUAUUAUAUUUUAUUACAAUAAUAUGUUUUUUAUAUUUUUAAUGUUAUAAUAUGUUAAUAUGUGUAAUUUAUUAUUAAGCCGCUGUGAUAUCUUAUAAUCAACCAGUCACAAAUAUCCCGCAAACGCAACAAUUUUCAAACGUUGUACCAGUCAUACAAAACGCUUAAUAACGUUUGAAACUGCAACCACCUACAUCCGCAAACUCCUGCACCCGCAACCACAACCACAACCACUGCGUUUAAACUCGUCAGGCCCUAAAUAGAUUGAGUCUUGAACAAGUCGGACUGGUGGUCUUAGAGCAUCUCAAAAUGAGGGUCUGAUAGUGGGUUACUCCAACAAAGAUCCCCAAAUUGAUCUUUAAAGUUUUAUGUAAUUUUCAUUUUUGUCCUCAAUUUUUAUAUAAUUUAACUAUAGUCAUUAUAUUUUCAUAGAUAGAUAUAUUAUAACUAGGCCCUAAUUAUAACACAAUAUUUAUAACUACAAUUUAUUAUAACACAAAAUUACAUAAAAUAAUAAUAAAACACACAUUAAUUCAUAAAAUAUAUAAAAAUAUAAAUUACGCAUUAUUGUUAUUUCCAUAGUAUUCCCAUAUAUGAUCAAUCAACGCAUUUUAAAGUAAGAAAUGAGCCUCUUGAGUUUUUAUCUGAAGAUUACGAGUCAAAAAUUGUUGAAAUCGAUAAAAAAAAUUAAUACAAGUUUUUAAACAGAUAAACAUAUGUGAGUUAUAAAUUGAUUAAACACAUAAAUAUAUUUAAAUAUUUAAGUGAAACAUAGUUAUAAGCAACAUGGUUAUAAGGAUUAAAGUGAUAAGAAAAUUAAUACUAGUCUACAUAUAUGUGAGUUAUAAAUUUAUAAAAUCUAAACUGAAAAGUAAAUAGUAUUUUGAGGACUUUAAUAGUUGAACCUAAAAUUUGAAAUUUAACUAUUUAGACUUUCAAAAUUUGAGAGUUUGAAGGUCUGUUAGAAAGCCAAAAACCUCAAAAUUCAAAGGUUCGAGGUCUACAGGAGAUGAUCUUACUGACUGUAAUGGUCUUUAAAACGGGUGGGGCAAUAGCACGAACUGGCAUUUCUAGUUGUUUUUGUCCUUUCAAAAAUAACAUUUUGAUUUCAAGAUUCUGCAUCAUGUUGAUUGUUGAGCAUGUUAGUACUAGUAAUACUAUUAUUAUUUAAAACAAUAAGUCAUACCAAUUGGUCAAGAAGUAUUUAUUAUGCUCAAUCUUGGUUAAAAAAGGAGAGAGGAGAAUGUUUAAAUGGUUGAUGGAGUUAGUUGUAUACUUUUGGGGCAUUAAGUUGAGAAUAAUUUGCUCCUUCAGAAAAGUUUACUGGACUUUGUAAUCUCACACAUCAUAUCCUUGACAUUAAUAUGACAAAAUGGGGAAAUCUGGUUAAGUCAAACCAGUGCUUUAGUCCGGUUCAUUUUUCUAUAUACAUGUUGCAUUAGUGUUAAUUACGUGCACGUGAGCACAAGGUAGAAUAAGAAGAAGAAAAGAAACAGUCAACAUAGUUGCCCGCCUAACGUUUAAUUAACCCCUUCGAAGCCAUUUUAAGCAAAGUUUUGAAUAUAUAGCUCUCACAAAUAUUGUAGAACUUAUCGAAAAGCUAACCAAAGAAAGAAAGUUGCAGAGAGUUAUGGCGAAAAUUGAUGAUUUUGCGCCAUUUCCAGUUAAAGAUCAGCUUCCAGGAGUUGAAUAUUGUGUAUCCAGCUCUCCAAAUUGGCCUGAAGGAAUAGUUCAAGGGUUUCAACAUUACAUUGUAAUGCUAGGAACUACUGUAAUAAUACCUUCCAUACUCGUUCCUCUCAUGGGUGGUGGCGAUGUGCAGAAAGCGGAAGUGAUAAACACAGUCCUGUUCGUGUCGGGAAUAAACACGUUACUACAGAGUUUAUUCGGGAGUAGACUUCCUGUCGUAAUCGGAGCUUCUUAUGCUUACGUCAUCCCUGCUCUAUACAUCACUUUCUCUUACCGAUUCACUUACUAUCUUCAUCCUCACGUGAGAUUUGAGGAGACAAUGAGAGCAAUUCAAGGAGCUCUAAUCAUUGCUUCUAUAAGUCACAUGGUAAUGGGUUUCUUUGGCUUGUGGAGAAUCUUGGUCAGGUCAGGAAGGGGACAUAGAGCUCAUGUUGUGAUAUACUUGUGUAACAAGGAAUCUCAAAACCCUAAUCUUUUGUUUUUUCUUUGUUAUAGGUUUCUCACCCCUCUCUCAGCAGCUCCCCUCGUGAUUCUCACCGGAGUUGGCCUCGUCGUCCUUGCGUUUCCUCAGCUUGCAAGAUGUGUAGAGAUUGGACUCCCAGCGUUGAUCAUACUCAUAAUCUUAUCUCAGUAUCUUCCCCACUUGUUCAAGUGUAAGAGAUCAAUAUGCGAGCAGUUCGCUGUUCUCUUCACAGUAGCGAUCGUAUGGGCUUACGCAGAGAUUCUAACAGCAGCUGGAGCUUACAAUAAAAGACCUGACAGUACACAGCUCAGUUGUCGAACAGACCGGUCCGGUCUCAUUAGUGCUUCCCCAUGGUCUGCCCAUCUUUCAUUUAGAUUUUCCUCUGUUUCCCGAUCAAAACAGAGGAUCUGUCUGAAGAUUUCUUCCUUCUUUCUCAGGGUGAGAAUUCCAUAUCCGUUGCAGUGGGGACGCCCAAGCUUUCAUGCAAGCGAUGCAUUCGCAAUGAUAGCUGCUUCUUACGUGGCUAUUGUUGAGACGACAGGUUCACUCAUUGCUGCUUCAAGAUUUGGUAGUGCGACCCAUAUACCUCCCUCGGUGCUUAGCCGUGGCAUCGGAUGGCAGGGCAUAGGCGUUUUGCUGAAUGGACUGUUUGGAACUGCAACCGGUUCCACUGCUUUGGUUGAAAAUACAGGGCUGCUUGGACUAACAAAGGUUGGGAGCAGAAGAGUGGUUCAGAUAUCUGCUGGUUUCAUGAUCUUCUUCUCCAUUUUUGGCAAGUUUGGGGCUGUUCUUGCGUCCAUACCUUUACCGAUAUUCGCAGCAUUGUACUGUGUUCUAUUCGCCUAUGUUGCUUCUGCAGGACUUGGCCUUCUUCAGUUCUGCAACUUAAACAGCUUCAGGACUAAAUUCAUCCUCGGCUUCUCCAUCUUCAUUGGUCUCUCUGUCGCACAAUACUUCACUGAAUAUCUAUUUAUCUCUGGUUGUGGACCCGUUCACACUCGCACUUCUGCUGUAAGUGUGUUACAUCAUCACUUUAUGUUUGUUUGUGUCUUGAGUGUAAUGAUUCGUUUGUCAUGGACGCAGUUCAAUGUGAUCAUGCAAGUGAUAUUCUCUUCGGCUGCAACGGUUGGGAUAAUGGCAGCCUUCUUGCUGGACUGUACUCAUAGCUAUGGACACCCUUCGGUGAGGAGAGACAGUGGAAGACAUUGGUGGGAGAAGUUCAGAGUCUACUACACUGAUACUCGAACUGAAGAGUUCUACGCAUUGCCUUAUAACCUCAACCGAUUCUUCCCUUCUUUCUAAAACUCUGAGACUCAGUUUCUUCAGUGUGUGAAACCUGUAUCUAGAGAGAGAUCUAUGUACCACAAAACAAGAUCCCAACUAGAAAACUUUUGUAUGUUUCUUUUAUCUUGUGUUUGCUUAGAGAUUGUAACAGCUACAUAUUCCAGAGUGACUAGGCAAAUUGAGAUUCAAAC